AUGCCAAUAAGAAAGAAGAAGCAGAUAGUCAAAGUCACUGUCCUUGGUAAUCCUGAUGAUGAUAAAGCAACUGAUACUGAGGAUAUGGAUUUAUCUAAGGGAGCAUUUUUACAAUACAGUCGUCAUGUGAAUGCAGAUGAUGUGGAUUAUAUGUCCAAUGAUGUAUUUGUCAAUGAUACUCCACCUGUUUCACCACGAAAGAUUGCCACUGUCGAAUAUAAUGCGAAGGAGAUACCCAAUCCAGAUGUCACUGUGAACACAUCUGAUGUGGACACAAACAUUACAAAUGCUGAAACAUCUUCGUAA